GCAAACAGCUUUACCCCUCAAAGCCCAAAGUUGUGGAUACCGAACCCGGUCCAACUUUUCUACUUCCGCGGUACGAAGCAAAGUCACCUACCGUUCAGAGAAGUGAUGAUUAGUAGCAAAAAAUCGAUACCGAAUUCCAUUAACUGCGACUUCUACGCAGCUUAAUUAGGUUAAUCUUCUUAUUUUAUUCCAUAUCCUACUGAAAUUCCAACGAUAUCAUUACUGUUUUUAGUCAUCGUUGACACUCUUCACCUAUGCCUUCCGACGCUGAAUUAUCAGACGAUGAUCGAAAGCCUAAGGUUGGUCCAAGCACUAACACUAUAGAUCAGUCUUUGGACGCAAUCGAGAAUCAAUUAUCCUCAAUUUCGGUCGGUCAAUCCGAAUACGAAUCCGAAUUCGACUCCGUUUCCGACCUAGAUAACAAGGAAGCUUCCUCAUCGAAUCAGGAUAAGCUGAAGGAGCUCGCGAAUGGACUGUUGAAUGGGAAUUCCGGAGCUGAUAACUCUCAAGAGGUUCCUAGUAGCAAUGUGGUGGAAGACGUUAGCAGUUCAACGGUCGUGUGGAGGAACAAUUCUGAAGAAAUUGAGGCGCCGGCAAGUCCUAGUAGCAGUGGCUAUGCGGGUGAAAGAGGGAGUAGCAACGCCAGUAGUAGGGACUCUGGCAUUGAGGAGGUAGAUGGUGAGAUUAUUGAUAUUGGCAAUGGUGAUUCUUUUGACGGAGUUUUAAAUUCUCAGGUGCAAUGGCUUCCGGGUAAACGCCACAGCAAUGAGGAUGAUGCUUCUAUUUCCUGGAGAAAAAGAAAGAAACACUUCUUUAUCUUGAGUCAUUCAGGAAAACCAAUAUACUCAAGAUAUGGAGAUGAACACAAACUUGCUGGAUUCUCUGCAACUUUGCAAGCCAUCAUUUCGUUUGUCGAGAAUGGGGGUGAUCGAGUCAACUUGGUCAGAGCCGGGAAACACCAGGUUGUGUUUCUUGUAAAAGGACCUAUUUACUUGGUUUGCAUAAGCUGCACAGAAGAGCCAUAUCAUUCACUGAAGGGGCAACUAGAGCUCCUCUAUGGUCAGAUGAUACUUAUUCUUACGAAGUCUCUGAAUAAAUGUUUCGAGAAGAACCCUAAAUUUGACAUGACUCCUUUGCUCGGAGGAACAGACGUUGUCUUCUCUUCUCUAAUCCAUUCAUUCAGUUGGAACCCAGCUAACUUUCUCCAUGCUUACACAUGUCUUCGACUUGCUUAUGCGACAAGGCAAGCUGCUAGUUCCAUCUUGCAUGAUGUAGCUGACUCAGGUGUCCUGUUUGCCAUACUAAUGUGUAAACACAAGGUUAUCAGUCUUGUUGGUGCACAAAAAGCAUCUCUUCACCCUGAUGAUAUGCUGUUGCUCUCCAACUUUAUUAUGUCUUCUGAAUCAUUUAGGACAUCAGAAUCCUUCUCACCAAUUUGCUUACCAAGAUAUAAUCCCAUGGCAUUUCUUCAUGCUUAUGUGCAUUACCUCGAUGUUGACACAUACUUAAUAUUGCUUACUAUGAGUUCAGAUGCCUUUCAUCAUCUUAAAGAUUGCAGGAUUCGUGUUGAAAAGGUACUUCUGGAGUCCAAUGUACUUAAUGAAGUUCAAAGAUCCAUGGUAGAUGGUGGCAUGCGUGUUGAGGAUUUACCUGCUGAUCAUGGUUCUCAUUCUGGAGCAGUUUCCCUUCAUCUGGGUCAGCCUGGACAUACCAGAGAAUCAUCAGAGAGAUUUGCUGAAGCAUUCAUAGGCCUUGGUGGUCCUGCUGGACUUUGGCAUUUUAUGUAUCGAAGUAUUAAUCUUGACCAGUAUGUGUCAUCAGAGUUUGCCUCUCCAGUAAAUAAUAGACAACAGCAGAAAAGGUUGUAUAGAGCUUACCAGAAGCUUUAUGAAUCCAUGCAUGAUAAAGAAAUCGGACCGCACAAAACUCAGUUCAGAAGGGAUGAAAAUUAUGUUCUACUGUGCUGGGUUACUCAGGAUUUCGAACUUUACGCAGCGUUUGAUCCCCUGGCAGACAAGGCUCUAGCUAUUAAGACUUGCAAUCGAGUAUGUCAAUGGAUCAAGAACAUAGAGAAUGAGAUUUUCUUGUUAGGAGUCAGUCCUUUUUCAUGGUGAUUCUCUCCAUGUUAUGUAAUCAAAUUAAUGAGAUUUUCUUGUUAGGAGUCGGUCCUUUUUCAUGGUGAUUCUCUCCAUGUUAUGUAAUCAAAUUUUUUCCCUUUCUUUUCUCGAAUUCCUUGUAAUAAGUUAUUAUUGCCUCAUUUCUGUAGGCUUUCAAUUUUUGUGGUUAUAUAUAAAGUGUCAAUUGUAGUUUAAAUUUGGUCUCACGCUAGUUUAUUAUUUUAUUUUUCGCUUGUACAAUUAUGAAAUAUUGUAGCUUAUCCGUAUCAAAAGUUUGUCGUGUUCUAGAUA